GGAGGAAGAGGAGGAGGAAGAAGAAGGGGGGCCCCCGAAAGGUGCCGCGCGCCGGAGACUCCAGCCAGAGCCGCUGCGGAGGGGAGGCGGCGAAGUGGGGCUCUCCGCCGGUCGUUGGCAGAGCUGCCCGCCGCGGCAAAGCUCCGACAAGGCGCUCCGGAGAGAGCCAGCGAGGAGAGAGCCAGGAUCCGGAACGCCAAAGCCCAGAGACCGGACCGGCGCUGCGCUUGGCGGCGGCUGCAGCAGCUGCUUGCGCGGCUGGCUGGGGCUGGCUGGCGGAGCUCUGCCAGCAGCUUCCGGCCAUGUCGUAUCCUCAGGGUUACUUGUACCAGCCGUCCGCGUCGUUGGCCCUCUACUCCUGCCCUGCUUACAGCACCAGCGUGAUCUCCGGUCCGCGGACGGAUGAACUGGGCAGAUCGUCGUCCGGCUCGGCUUUUUCCCCCUACGCCGGCUCCACCGCCUUCAGCGCUCCUUCGCCCGGCUACAACUCGCACCUCCAGUACGGCACAGACCCGGCGGCGGCGGCAGCCGCGGCUGCCUUCUCUUCCUACGUGGGCUCGCCCUACGACCACACGCCCGGCAUGGCGGGUUCCUUGGGAUACCACCCUUACGCCGCUCCCCUGGGCUCCUACCCUUACGGGGACCCGGCUUACCGCAAGAACGCCACGCGGGACGCCACGGCCACGCUGAAGGCCUGGCUGAACGAGCACCGCAAGAACCCUUACCCGACCAAGGGCGAGAAGAUCAUGCUGGCCAUCAUCACUAAGAUGACCCUCACCCAGGUCUCCACCUGGUUCGCCAACGCCCGGCGCCGCCUCAAGAAAGAGAACAAGAUGACCUGGACGCCGCGGAACCGCAGCGAGGAUGAGGAAGAAGAAGAGAACAUCGACUUGGAGAAAAACGACGACGAGGAACCGGCUAAACUCGAGGAGAAGGGGGACCCCGAGACGGGUCAGCUCGGCACCGCAGACCCCAAAGGCGUCGGAGGGGGCAAAGACACCGACGGCGCCUCCAGCGACUCGGAUUGUAAGGAAAGCCCCGAGCAGACGCUUCGGAAAGAAGCCGCCGCCGCCGCCUCCUGUGCCUCGCCGCCUUUGGUGCACUGCGGAUCCGCCGGCCGCCUGCUACUCCAAGCUCACCAGCACCAUCACCAGCAGCAGCUCUUGCAUCCCGGGGCCGGCAGCGAGGACCCCCCGCCGCCGCCCCCUCCUUCCCAGUACAGACCCCCUUCGACGGACCUGCACCCCAGCCUGCCUUCCAGCCACGUCACGUCGGUCAUCCACACGCCCCAAGCGCCUCCGCAGGCGGCCGGCCCGGGGGCUCUUUCCAAGCCCAAGCUCUGGUCCCUGGCGGAGAUCGCCACCUCGGCGGACAAGGCCAAGGAAGGGGGCAGCGGUGAGACGCCCCCACAAACUCCUUCGGGCUUAAGCGGGCCGGCAGCGCAAUCCCCGACGGCACGCUCGCCUUCCGCCGCCCCUUGCCCCUUCCCCAACGGCGCCCCCUCGGUGCUCCCGCGACCCCUCUAUUACGCCACCAGCCCUUUUUACCCCGGCUACACGAACUACGCUUCCUUCGGACACCUGCACGGCAACGCGGCCCAGGCGGGCGCGCCCAACCCCCAUUUUAACGGAUUAAACCAGACCCUUUUGAACAGAGCCGAGAGCUUGGCGAAAGACGCGAAGAUGCUUCGAAGUCAGAGCCAGUACGACUUUAGCAAAGAGUCGCCUUACGAACUCAAGAAAGGUAUGUCGCACCUUUAAAACCUCCAACUUAAGCUGAGCUCCAAAACGGGACUUGUGGAUUUGGGCCCGCCUUUUAUUCGGGGGAAGAGAAAGUUAUGGUUUCCCCCCCCCACUCUUCCGCAGCUCUUAACAGUGAUUUUCUGCUAUUUUCUUUUUUUUUUUUUCAUCGUGAGCGAUUUUUCCACAUUUCUUUCCCAUCGAGCCCGUCUUGAUUGUUUUUUUUCCCCUCUCCCACCCGCUGCCAAAAGAGGGGGAGGAAGGGUGGAAGAGAAAGAAAGAAAGGGGGGGGGAGAGAGAGAGAGAGAGAGAGAGAGAGAGAGAGAUGAAAAGAACAAGGAAAGUUCUGGCCAAUCCGCUUUAUUAUUUAUUUGAAAACGCAGCUUUUAGAAGUCUUAAGCAGAACUGCAAGGCGCGGUGGGUUUGCGGAGAACCCCUCUCGCAAACGCGGGGGGGGGGGGGAGGAGGAGAGGGGAAAGACAGAGGCGAUUUGUAUGAAAUCUUAUUCUGUAUAUUUAAUGUAGCUUUUUUUUGUAUUUAAAUCGGUUAUACGGUAUCUUUGAAGUAAAUUAUGAAAUCCAACCACUUUGUACAGUCAUAAUGUCGCCUUUUGGUUCUCUCUGCAUAGAUAUCUCUAAAUAUAGAUAUAUGCACAUACACACAGGCGCGUUUGUGUCUUCUCCCAAAAUUGUUUAUGUGCGCGCGGGCGUGUAUGUGUGUGUCUAUCUGCUUACUGAGUUAUUAGCAGCAUAAUAUUAUCAUCUGAAAUUAACAACUGUCCAUGCGGAAGCUGUGCUAUUAGGUGUCAAUCACAGACGGUCUCAGUCCAGUGUGAAAUCAAAGCAUAGAUUUAUUUUUAUAUGCAUUAAAAUGGAAAAAACAAACAUUUUGAAAAGGAAAGAA